CUUUCGGCUUUCAUGAUCAGCUGACCUUGACUCGGGCUGUGAGGGAAGUGGAAGUGAAAAGUGACCAAGACCGGGCCUCAACUUGAUUUGGGAGACGGGAGACAAUCUAAGUCGACUGCAGACCAGACGACGACUAUCACAUUGGCCAUGUCGUCCAAGAAAGUUAUAAAUUUCGGAGCUGGACCAGGAAAACUACCUGAAGAAGUAAUGUUGGAGGUCCAGAGAGAGUUUGUGGAGUAUGGCGACUCAGGAAUUAGCGUGGUUGAGAUGAGUCAUCGAUCCCAGGAAUACGAAGCCAUCAACAACUCUGCUCAGAGACUUAUACGAGAACUGCUAGACAUCCCCGACACAUACAGUGUAAUGUUCAUGCAAGGAGGAGGUACUGGGUUGUUCUGUGCAGUGGCAAUGAACCUUAUGUCACGUAGCGGAAAGGCUGACUACAUCGUUACAGGUUCGUGGUCUGCCAAGGCUGCCAAAGAAGCUGCGAAGUAUGGCUCGGUCAACCUCGUCUUACCCAAGACUGACUCCUACGUUGACGUUCCUCCUCAGUCAUCAUGGAACUUAGACCCAGAGGCUUCAUAUGUCUACUAUUGCGACAACGAAACUGUUCAUGGCUUGGAGUUUCCUGAUAUCCCAGACACCAAGGGAGUACCUCUCGUGGCAGACAUGUCAUCUAACAUACUCACAAGGCCUUUUGACAUCACCAAGUUUGGUGUGGUGUUUGCUGGGGCUCAGAAGAACAUUGGUCCGUCAGGCACAGUUCUGGUGAUAGUUAGACGAGAUCUUCUCGGCAGCCCACUCCCCGUCACUCCGCUCGUGUGGGACUUCUCAGUCAUGACUAAGGACAACUCCCUACACAAUACUCCUCCCACCUUCGGGGUGUUUGUGAUGCUGAGAGUGUUUGAGUGGAUCAAGAGACAAGGAGGAGUACAAGAAAUGGCUGCUCGGUCGGCCAAGAAGAGCUCUCUGAUCUACAACGCCAUCCAACAGUCCGCAGGUUUCUACCUGUGUCCUGUCAAGCCUCGCGCCAGGUCCAGAGUCAACAUUCCAUUCCGCAUCGCUGCCGGAGCAGAGCUCGAGGCUAAGUUUUUGAGUGAGGCCAAAAAAAGGAACAUGAUACAGCUGAAAGGCCAUAGGCUGGUUGGAGGGAUCCGGGCGUCGCUUUACAAUGCAGUUACUGUCGAAGAGGCACAAACCUUAGCGGACUUUAUGAAAGAGUUCCAAAAAGCAAAUUCGUGAAAAUCUCAAAUUGUUGUUACAUUAUACUGUACUGUUAUCUUAUACACUGUGUUAAUGUUAAUAAAUGUUGUUUUGUUUCAA